AUGGUACGGGGGUAUAUCAAAAACCCCCGAAGCAUCAUUCUCGCUGUGGUCUCUGCCAAAAGCGAUUUCGCCUUGCAAGAAAUAACGGAAAUUGCCAGGGAGCUGGACCCAAACGGAACACGCACGUUAGGCCUAAUCACGAAACCGGAUACACUUGAUGUCAGAUCUGAUAGCGAGACUGCGUAUGUCAAGCUUGCUCGAAAUGAGGACGUUGAAUUUCGCUUGGGGUGGCAUGUUCUCAAAAAUAGAGAUUACCAGAUGCGGGAUGCCUCCUCUGCGGAGAGAGAUGAAGCGGAGGAAGCCUUUUUCCAAACCGGAGUCUGGGCAACAACGAAUCGAGCACAACUGGGAGUCAGGGCUCUGAAACCGCGCCUAAGCGAUGUGCUAAAAGAUCAGAUUUUUCGUCAGCUCCCUGCCCUUAUUCAGGAUGUCGACACGGAAAUAUCGUCGACUGAAGGCCAGCUCCGACGACUUGGAUCCCCACGCUCCAACGCGACUGAGCAGCGUCGAUAUCUUCUUCAAGUCAGCCGCGAGUUCACCUUUCUAAUGCAGGCAACUGUUGAUGGACUAUACAACGACUCUUUCUUUGGCAGUACUGAAACUGAUGAAGGGUACAGCAAACGGCUGCGGGCCCGACUACAAAACACGUUGUCGAGCUUCAGUGAGACUAUGAGGCAGCAGGGAAGGCGGCGGAUAAUCAUUGACGACAGGUCUGAUUCUGAAGAGCAGGAACUAGCAUCCAACGAGAUAUCGCGUUCUCGGUUUAUCGACCUGGUCAAGGAGCGAAUCCGACGAGGCAGGGGCCGCGAAUUGCCGGGAACAUUCAAUCCUAUGGUCAUUGGCGAACUCUUUGUUGAGCAAUGCGCGCCUUGGCAGCGCAUUGCCUCAGAUCUCAGACUGGAGAUUCUUGGACUCGUGAAUGACAUUUUGAAGCUUAUAGUGGACCAUAUCGCAAUACAAGAAACGGCAUCCAGCAUUCUAUCCAUUAUCCGAGGAUCUCUAGAGCCGUUGAAAAAUGACCUGGAAGCGAAAUUCAAAGAGUUGCUCACGCCGCAUAUUGAAUGCCACCCAAUAACGUAUAAUCACUACUUGACAGAUACCGUGCAAAAGAUCCAGGAGCAAAGGCGUCGGAAGAGCUUGAUAAACCAGUUUCGUGAAACAAUAGGGUCUGGAGCGUUUGAGAAUUCUCAUUUUCCAAAGGGCAUUUCUCCCACUGAAUUCUUCCAUGCUCUGGAAAGACACAACGAAGUUGAUAUGGAGCGUAAUGGAAGCGAACUCGCAGUUGACUACAUGGAGGCCUAUUAUAAGCUCGCAAGAAAGAAGUUUAUAGACGAUAUUAGUAUGCUGGCAGUGGAGCAGUGCCUGAUCAAGAAGCUGCCAUCCUUAUUUCCAUCAGAAAUCAUCUUAGAGCUACAGGAUGACGAGGUAGCUCAGAUAGCCACAGAAAGCGAUGCACUAUCACUUGAGAGGACUUGGUGUAGACAGAAGCUCGCUACUCUAGAGGACGAUAAAGUCGACCUCAAGCAGCUAGAUUGCCAUCGCGCGUUAAACUUCUGUAACAGGAUGUCUCCAAGCCUCUCUGCCUUAUAA